AUGGCUGGAGACGAGCAAAAGAAUAUUGUGAUUAUUGGCGGUGGCAUUAUCGGUGCUACAUCUGCCUAUUUCUUGACGCAUCACCCUUCAUACAAUCCGGAGAAGCACAAGGUCAUCCUUCUGGAAGCGACGAAGAUUGCUGGAGGCGCAAGUGGCAAGGCAGGCGGUCUGUUGGCUCUGUGGGCCUAUCCUUCAUCUAUCGUACCACUUUCAUACAAGCUGCACAAGCAACUAGCCGACAAAUAUGGCGGUGAUGAGCGUUGGGGUUACAGACAGGUGCACUGCGGCUCGGUAGACUGCAAAGGUCGAAACCUGACUGCCAAGGACACCGUGAAGGGCAAAGACAACGAAAUGGAUGGAAAGAACGGCUCACCUGCAAACCGAGAGAAGAACAGCGUUUCUCUCGAAAAGAACCCUCCCAAGGUUUCGGCGAAACUGGCCGCCAGAGGUAUACCAAAAGAUCUUGACUGGAUCCACCCUGACUGCUUGAGAAUGUACGAUGAGAUGGGCGAUCCCUCGACUACUGCUCAAGUCCAUCCUUUUCAAUUCACCACUUCCAUGGCCGACUUGGCUGCUGAAAAGGGGGCGGACAUCCGUGUGGGUGCCGCCGUCAAGAGCAUCAACCAUACCAAAGAUGGAAAGGGCGUGGAGAGUGUCACUUACAAGGACAAGAACGACAACAACAAGGAAGUCACCAUCCCAGCAACAGACAUCAUCAUAUCUGCUGGCCCGUGGACAAGGGAAGUCUACCCAGACGCCCCCAUCACAGCUACUCGUGCCCACAGCGUCACUAUCCGCCCGACUCGCGAGAUCAGCGCAUACGCUUUGUUCACUGAGAUCAAACUUCCAGCUGGUUUCGGAGGCAAGAAAUCACGAGGCGAGCAACACGUUUCGCCAGAAAUUUACACAAGGCCAAAGAACGAGGUUUAUGCUUGUGGAGAGGGAGACCAUAUGGUGCCCCUUCCCAAAUCAUCAGAUCUUGUCGAGGUAGAUGAGCAGAGAUGCCAGGAUAUCGUCGACUAUGUCAGCAGUAUCAGCGACGAAUUGCGAGAUGGAGAAGUCACUGCACGACAAGCAUGCUACCUACCGAACGUUCAGGGAGGAAAUGGCCCCCUGAUCGGGCAGACAGGCGUAAAGGGUCUGCUAAUAGCAGCUGGACAUACUUGCUGGGGUAUUCAGAAUGGUCCCGGAACUGGCAAGUUGAUCUCUGAGUUUGUCUUCGAUGGCGCUGCAAAGUCGGCUAAGAUUUCGAGUUUGGAUCCUCGCACGGUGAUGUAG